CAAAGGAAACAUGUUCGACAGCAUCCCAGGAUAUGAGGAAAUAGUGGCCGGCGGAGGUGGUGGGUAUCUUCCACCUCCAAUGCCAUGUGUACCAAUGCCUUUGCCCGAGCCUGCCAACCAACCAGAGUGGCAAAACAGGAUCCCUUCCAUCUCAGAGGAAAGAGCUUGCGAAGCUUUCGCAGAAUAUGUCUCGAACAAUUGCUGCUACAGCUCUGCCCCGGUCAGAGAAGGAAUUAUAACCAACAUGGAAACCUUUAAUACCUACAGAUACCGUUUGGAGACUUUCACAGAAUCCAGAUCUACUAAAUGGUGUCAGGAGCCUUUCACAGGGCAGCGUGUGGAUGCUGGUAUUCAACCUGCUCCAGGACCAUGGGAGAUUGCUGUCCAACCUCCAGUCUUCUUUACAAAGCACAAGCAGGACGUUAGAGUUCCCUUUACUUCCUCAGUCAAGAAAUGUAACUCGUGCCAAGGAAUGGGAAGUAAUCCGUGUUCUUCUUGUUCUGGAGCUGGAAAUAAAGUAUGCUCGGUGUGUAGCGGCUCUGGUCAUCGUCCUGAUAACGAGUCCUGCAAUAACUGUGACUACAGUGGACAUGAAAAGUGCAGUUCUUGUGGAGGCAGCGGCUCUCACAAGUGUAAAACCUGUGACGGAAGGAGACAGCUGCUUGUCUUUAUCAAUCUCAAAGUUAAAUGGAGCACAGAGAAAGAUGAUUAUGUAGGACAACAGUCGAGUGGUUUGAACGUUCACAAUCUUGAGAGUGUUUCAGGGAAGGAGCUCUUCAAAGAUGCCCAGUACAUGCUAUUUCCAGUGCACGGUUUCCCUGACGUUGCAGUUGCACAAGCGUCUGAGCGUUUAAUAAGAGACCAUCAGAUGAAAUAUGGCAAGACCUCCCGCAUAUUACAACAGAGGCAGACAGUAGAGCUCAUUCCCAUAACCAAAGUAAACUACAUGUGGAAAGAGAAGUCUUAUGUUUACUUUGUGUAUGGAAAUGAGUUUAAAGUGAAUGCUGAUGACUACCCCGCCACUUGCUGCUGUUCUGUGAUGUAACUCUGAAAACUCAGACAAACGUCAUCAUUUUGGGGCUGAUAUAACUCCAGUCUACACAUUCAUUAUAUAGCUGUAUGUCCAUACUACAUGUAUAACAGCAUGUUUCUGUUCUGUGCACCCUAGAUUGUCAGAAUAGGGCAUUUUUUGGGCAAGAGUUGCUUUUUAAAACUGUUGCAGGAUAACUUCCAGUCAUUAUGUAUUUACAACAUUUUAAAUGUGUUAGAAAGACCUUUAAAUAGAAUUGUGAACUGCUCAACUUACUAUAGUUUGCUACAACUUUCAGAGGAAACUAUACAGAGAUCUGCAGCAGUGCACAAAACUGGCAUACUCAAAUUGGCACAUGACAAGCAUGGCACUUACAGCAGUUACACCCAGUUCAAACAUGUGUACACAACUUAAACAAGCGAAAAAAGUAUAUAAAGAAAGCACAAAUAUGCAGACAUUCUCUCAGUGGUUCGAUCUGAAUUUAUUUAGUUAACAAUACAGUACGACUGGAAACAAUGCCCACUUCCUGUAAAAUAUGGCUUUAAUACUUAUUGUAAGUUUAAUAUAAUGAUUUUGUUUUGCAUUUUCAACCAAUAAACAUAUGCUUAUGAACUUGUGGUCUGUAAAUCAUGAAAUUGUC